CCUGAAGGGUUGCCAUCUGGUUUCUGGGCUCUGUUUACUGCUGUCCUGGAGUCUCCCACCUGGGCAGGCGGGCGGCGUCCAGCCGCGGCCGAGGAGGACCUCCUGGCUGCCCUGAGGUGGCCCAGGCCCUCCCCACGGCCAGGCGCCCCUUGGGAGGCACACUGCAUGGCCUGGACUGACCACAUGGAGAGGCCGGGCCCCCCGGGGCAGGCCUGCAGCCGCCCUGCUUGGACAGCCGGCGAGGAGGCCCAGGAUGGGGACAGCUCGGUGUCAUCGGGCCGCCUGUCCGGCUCCUCGGGGGGCCACAAGUCGUGUGCACCUGCCCACAGGCCCUGGAAGGAGAGGCCCCCCCUGGUGCUGGGGUCCCCACAGCAGCACGGGGAAAGCAACCCCCGGCUGGAGCAGCUGAGGGAGAAGAUCCGGGCCCAGGCGUGCCGGCAGGCCAGCUGCGCCUCCCUGGGCACCUCGAUGCCCUCCAGCACCUCGCACCUCCUCAGAGCCUCCCCGCCAGCCCCCCGGAGGAAGGUCAGAAAGCUGAAGAAGGCCCCUCCAGCCCCGGCCUCCCCAGGCUUCGGCAACCCGAGUGCAGCUGGGCAUGCCGUUCAAGACAAGGCCAUCCCUGGCCAGGAGCGUGCACCCUCCAGGGUCUCCCAGCGCCAGGCCUCCGUUCUACGGGAGAAACACAAAAGCAUGAAGAGUAGUUCUUGCAAAAGAGAGAAGGCCCCCAGGUCAUCCACCAGAAGAGCUGCCAAAGACCAGGGAGACAUGGAGGACAGAGCUGCUGAGAGCUCCCCUGUUGGCCUCCGGACACCCCGUCCAGCCACCGUCCGCAGUGACCCACGGGUGCCUACCCACAUGCCCAACCUGGCGUCCUGUGACCAGGCCGGGAGCAUCCAGUCCGCCAUGGACAUCCUGCAGGACCUCCGCCAGCAAAUCCAGGCGGGGCUGGAGCUGGCCCAGGACCAUCACCGCAGGGGAGGGCAGGAGCGCCAGCAGCUGGCAGGGAGGAGGCCCAAGGGCCACUGGAGUGCCCCGGACGUGAGGGUCUCCCUCGGCAAGAGUUCUCAGGGCCCGGCCAAGGGGGUGCACCGCUCCUCCUCAGAGUGGGCCAGGAGCCUCUCCACUGGGCAGUGCUGGGGUGCCUCGGCCAGGUGGGAGUCCUAUCCGCAGAGGACCUGGUCCCCCCAAGGACGGAACCCCACCUCCCAGAGGCCUGGGAGCCCCCCUGAGAGGCCCUGGAGUGCCUCGGCCAGGCAGAGGGCUGGGGCCCCCUGCAAAGACUGGGAGGCCUCUCCCCAAGGACGCUGGAGCCUUCUGGAAAGGCCAAGCCCUACCACCCAGCGGCCCUGGAGCGCCUCCUUCGUGAAAAAGGCUGGCGCCCCAGUCCAGUGCAGAGCCCACCCCUGGCCCAAGCCCGCCCAGAGCACCUCUCAGCUGGCACCUGGGCAGGAGAAUGAGGCUCGGCUGCCGCCCCCCUGCCCAAAGCCCCGGGGGUUCCUGGGCCACCCAUACAGUCCCGCAUCCUUGCGGGAGUUCAUGCGCCAGAAGGCCCUGGCGCACCAGCAGCAGGUCCUGGAGGAGAAGGCCUCGGCCGUGCAGGCACGGGAGCUGCGGAGCCAGCGGCUGCAGGGUGUGUACAGGCAGCAGAGUGAGGCCGUGCGGGGCAGGGCCGGCCCCACCAAGGCCUUCCCCCUGGUCUCCCAGACGACCCCCAGCAUCGUGACCUUCGUCCCACACUCAGCACCAUCCAGGGGCCAGGACGUGCCUGGGAGCGUGGGGUCACCCGCGCUGCGGUGGAGCAAGGUGACCUCCGGCAUGGUGCUGGGGGACCAGGAGGCCCCGGGCAGCGGCCGCGCCCCAUCUGUUCCGCCCUGUCCGGUCCGCCAGCAGCACCCAGGGUCCCCGUCUCCACGUCCUCGCGGCUUCUUUUCCUGCUUCUGCCUGUGUCUGGACAGAGCCUUGAACCAAGAGCCUCUGGAGACAGGAGGCCCCCAGGAAGGCUGGGCGGAUGCUCCCCUGUCGAUGUCCGCUGGUUCCCCCGCGGGUCCCCGAAAACUCCAGGACCUAACUGCCCACCCCCCACGCCCGGGGCUGUGCAUCUACCUGGGCCCCGAGGAGGCCGAGCGCCUGGGCACACGGGGCCCACUGCACUUCCGGUACAAGCAUGCCCGGUUGCAGGCCCUGGAGACCAUGGCCAACGUCCUAAAGCAGCGCAUCGACCUCCUGACUGCCAAUCUGCGUGGGGCCGAUGCAGCGGACACUCUGGAGGACCUGCCCUCGAACCCACCAUCCUCGCGCCCCAGCACCCACAGUGCCAGCCUGCCCCCGAGCUUUGGCACCCCCAAGCCCGUGGUGCCAGCCUGUCCCCAAGCCUUGGUGCCCGACGCAGGCAGAGGGUCUCCCUGGGGCUGGGCAGACGUGCGGGCCAGGCUGCUUCUCUCUCCCUCCUGCUUGCCUGACGGAGAGACGCUGCUGUGGAGUCCUGGCUGGGAGCAGCGGAGGAGCGUGAGCCCCGGGGGCCACCUGGCCUACUCGCCGCCAGGAUCCAUGGAGGAUGGAUGUUUGAAGCUGGACCGGAGGCUGGCGAGAGACACGGCUUCUGUCCAGGCCCUCGGCCCCUUGGCAGGGAGCUCACUCGAGGUGCCAGCCCCGCCGGACCCCACCUGUGGCUCCCUGUGGCUGGAGGAGAUGCCGUCGGCCAGAGGGGCAGGCUUGGUCACGCCCUGGGCCCUGCAGAGCUGCGGUCAGCAGGAGCCUGGCGGGCCAUGUGCAGGGCACUUCUCAGACCUCCAGCAGAAGUCCCUGAGCUUUCUCCAGGCACUGAAGCUGGACCAGCAGAAGCAGGAGCAGGCCCUGGCCCUUCUGCGGCAGCGGGCAGAACUGGAGGUCUGGGAGACCCAGAAGGCCCUGGACGAGCUGCUCUCCAAACACCGGCUGGCGAGGCGGAUGGAGAAGCACGAGACCCAGGCCAGGCCAGGAGCAGCACCAGAGCUGGAGGGGCUGCGGCUGUGGGCGGGCCCGGAUCCGAAGACCUCCUGGAGCGCUGUGACGGCCAGGUCCAGGUCCCAGCUGUCCCUGGGCAGAGUCGCUGCUGCGCCCUCCCGGGGCCCCGAGGAAGGACAGGAGUGGCCGGCCAGCCAGUCAGCCUAUGCGGCGUUCCUGCAGGAACCGGAGCCAGGACACGCCCCAUCCCCGUUGCCCCUGUCCAGGCUCUACCCUUGGGACCACCCUGUUCACCAGGUGCCGGGGCAGAGCCCGCGGGAGGAAGAGCUGCUGCGCCUGCGUGAGGAGGCCGUGCAGGGGAAGAUGCGCUGGGAGCCAGCCUGGCUAGAGUGUCAGAGGUGUCCAGGCAGCCAGGGCAGUGAGGCCGCGCUGGUCUUGGCCGAGAAGCAGCCGCAGGGCCUUAGCAGCCUUGAGCAGGGGCAGAGGGAAACCCGAUUCCCAGACAACAGUCGCCUGCUCUCGUGCCAGGAGAGGACACUGCUCCUGCGGCAUCACCGGCACAUCCUCUCGGUGCAGAGGGCCGUGGCCCGUCUGCAGCAGGAGCUCCUGGCCACGGCCCAGAUGCUGCAGGGUUCCAGCCCUGAAGCCAAGGCCACCUGGGAGUGGGGCUCUGAGACAAGCCAGCAGCCAGUGGGGCCUGCGCAGGGCUCAUCACGCUCCCCAACACCACUCAGGCCCUGCAGCCCCUCCAGCCACGGCCCCUGGAGGAGCCCUGAGAGCCCGGGAGUCCCCCCGCCAGCCUGGGGAGAGGAGACGUCCAUGGCCGAUGGCUGGGUGGACGCCCAGGAAGGGCUGGUGGAGAGCGGCAGCCAAAUGGGCCAAGGAGACCCCCAGCCCAACCCCAGCCCCUCGUCCACAGCGGAGACCUGGGCUCUGACAGAAAGCCAUGCACGUAGCUCCUGGGACCAAGGGGGGCCCUGCAGCCCCCGGGAAGCCAGUCAGGUGGUUGAAGGCAGCGCAAGCCGAGUGGGGACAGAGCUGGAGCUGGACUUUGCCAGCAGCCCUGGCAGGGAGGCCCCUGAAAUGGAAGGCCAGUGGUCAGAGGAGCAGAGGUGUGGGGCCUGUGGGGGCUACCUGGGCCCAGGAGACCCUCGGGCAGGGGAGUUCCAGAAAGUGUCCGCCUUUCUGGUCCAGCUCUCGGAUAGUUCUGCCUCCCUGUCAGACUGGGAGGCCGGAGACACCCCAGACGCAGACCUGGGCUCGUCCACAGAGUUCUCUGUUGGAGCCUCCAGGGGGCUGCACGGGGGAUCAGAGCUGUCAGAGGCAUCCAGCGAGGUCUGGGAUGAGGAGAGCCCGCUGCAGCCUGGCAUGGGUGCCCAGCCAGCUGCAGGAUGGCCCUCCCCUGCUGGAGGCUCCUCUGACCUGGAAGAUGGAGGGGCACCCAGCAUGGCACUUCUCUCCCCAGGCCCUGGUGGGGGCCAGGAAGCUUCUGGAACUGGUGGGAGUCUGACCAGUGAAUUAGAUGCAGGAAAGGCCAGCUGGCCAUGCCCUGAGGCUGCCUGCACUGCAUUCCUCCCCUGUGCCCAUUCCUGCAGCGACUCAGCCCUGUCCCUUCCCUUUCCCUCGGUGUCCUCGGUGUCCAAAGGGGCCAGUUUCAGCCGAGGAGGAGAGACGGAGCCUCUGCAGGCCUCCACCGACUGCCCAGAGGGGCCCCAGGAGGCUGACAGGAACCCCCCACGGGCACCUCCUGCAACACCCAGCGUGCUGGCAGCCCUGAGGGCUGAGAGCCGGGCACCUGGGUAUGUGGGCAGUGGAGCCCCUGCUGCCCCAGAGGAAGCCAGCCUCUCUCUGGAUGGCAGUGUCCUGCCUGAGAUCCUGUCCCCGGUGGACGAGGUGCUGUCCUACGGCAGUGCCGACCUCCCGUCCUCCACACACAGGGAUGCUCCUCCGCCUCCCGCCCUCCCAGCAGGCAGCAGGGCCACCCCCAGCCCCCCCUCCGAGGACUUCCCUUCCCCGCCCGAAGACGCCUCCACCAACACCUGGGAGCUGCCCUCCCUGUCCGAGGCACUGUCCCUGGGGCCCCCGGAGGCCAGCCUCUGCCUGGCGGCAGGUGCACAGGGCAGGAGCCUUGGGGACCAAUUGGGUGAAUCACAUUCUAUUGGGAGGAACAAGGUUUUGGGGGGCCAGUGGUCUGAACCUGUCAACUGGCUCAGGUCCCCCUGGUGUGGGGGGGCGGGCAAUGCCCCGGCCGGGCCCCCAGGGCAGUCCGUGCAGCCCCCAACACUGUCUGGAGAGGCCUGUGUGACUGGAGAGGGCCUGCCAGCACUGUUGACGGCUGGCCACACAGGGCUGGCUGGCCCCUGGCAGGGGGACCCAGUUCCCGCUUUGGACAGGGGCCCCUGCGUGGGCCCCGGUGGGGACAGGGCAGAGGCGGUGAAUCUGGUUUCCACCCAGCUCAGCAGAAGGAUCCUGUGCGACACGCUGGCUGUGCUCUCGGAGCCGGCCCCACUGAGCAGCCCGGGGACGGGAGAACUGGCAGGUGCCGGCCGUGUCCCAGGCCUCGCGGGGCAGCCACCGGGCAGUCCUGGAAAGACAGGCCUCAGGAAAGAGUAG